AUGAGUUUCUGCUCCUUGUUGACAAUGUCCGAGUCUGAAGGGAUUCAAGCAGGAGGCUUAGGCGACCCAGCUCUCCUCCAGAAAAUCGACGAGUUGCGACGUCUGAAUAUCUCACCCACGGUGCCGCUAACCCAGCUUGUUGUAGUUGGCGACAAGUUCGCUGGCAAGUCUAGUCUUCUCGAGAGUUUAACCGGCUUCCCCUUUAUACGAGCCAGCAAAGGCAGUACUAGCCAUGCGAUCGAGAAUUUAAUCGGCUUCCCCUUUAUACGAGCCAGCAAAGGCAGUACUAGCCAUGCGAUCGAGGUCGUGUAUCGGAGAAGUAAUACGGAGAGAAUUCUAGUAUCUAUGCGACCUGCUCCUGGAUCUCGAGGGUAUAGAGCUGCCAAGAUUCGAGCUUUAAAAGUAGAACUCUUGCCCGGAGACCGGAAUAGCAAGAAACUGCAGGACCUGUUCGAUAAGGCUUAUGACAUUCAUUGGGAAAUCGAUCUACCUCGUUCUAGAUCAGAAUUCGUCAAAGAUGUCCUACAAAUUGAGAUAACCGGCCCCAGAGAAGAACAUCUGACAAUCAUUGAUAUCCCUGUCGUUGUGGGUGAAGCAGUUGACACAGAAGUUGAGUCAAUGGUUGCAGAUUAUAUUCGAAUGCCUCAAACAAUAAUUCUUGCAGUUGUCCCCUGCACGGCUGAUGUCAAAGAGCAGCGCAUUUUGAAAAGAGUGAAAGAGGUUGAUCCUAGUGGGAAGCGUACUAUUACGAUACUUACAAAGCCGGAUCUCGUCGCAGAGCCUACAUCCAAGAAGGCAAUUGUAGAUCUGGUCAAUCAGGGAGACCCCUCUUUAGAAUACUUCGUCGUCCGAAACCAAAUAGGAUACGAUUCGACCUCAGAUCUUGCCCAACGCGAUCACGACGAGUGCGUAUUCUUUAAUAAGUCACCAUGGGACCAACUGGAUAAAACCCGAGUUGGUAUGAGCUCGAUUCGAUCUCGGCUUCAAGAACUGCUCGUAGGUCGGACAGAUCGUUACUUAUUCGAAGUCGAGAAGGAAGUGCCGGCUACCCUCGCAACGAAGAAAGAAAGACUGGAGCUCGUAGGUGAGCCUCGUGUCAACACCGACAAGCAACGCACGUACCUUGUCCGCGCCGCUGUCCGAUUUUCAGAGAUUGUAAAGCACGCCUUGGAUACGAAGAACGCUGGACACCCAAUCUUGUCCCAAAAACCCUGGUUACGCCUUACCGCCCACUUGCAGGAAACUAGUAAAGCAUUUGCCGAGAUGCUAUUUAUGAAAGGACAUCAUUAUAAAUUUGAAGGCGAAGAUGAUACGGAUGAUUUCCUAGGGUUAACGACGUACCGAAAUGAUCUUUACGAGAUAUCUUUUCUUCUCCCCGCUGAAAAUGAAUAUCCUGAGCUACGGAGAUUACUUUCCGAACCGUUUUCUUGCCCACGCGUAGCUAAGGGAGAUCUUAUCGACCACAUUCGAGAGAUAUACUCGCCUUCUCCCAGUGAUGAACUCGAUGCUUUUGGAAAUUCUUUACUACCUACAGUGUUCAGGGAACAGUCAGAAAAAUGGACUCAGCUUACUCUAGCUCACCUCUCAAAUGUCAUUUUGAUCAUCCACAAGUUUAUUGACACGGCUAUGGGGGUAGCCUUCAUGGAUGGCGGAGUACGAGUAGCGUUACAAGAAUUUCUCUCAGAUGAUCUCCUCGACUGCUAUCGUCGUGCGAUCAAGCAUGCCGAAUUCCUCCUACACGUCGAGUGCAAGGGUAAAGUGACUACUAGUAACCCCAAUUUCAAAGACCUUCUGGCCAACAACCGAGAAGAGCGCCAGAAGCGUAUGGUACUAGAAGGGAACAAGAACGCUUCUGAACUCUCUACAGGAAGAAAUCGUGCUACGGCGAAGAUGGAUGCUAAGGCAGAUGUCACUAAAGUAGUACUGCCCUCCAUAGAGCAGAUCCACGGGGACGUACACGAUGUCAUAAAGACGUACUACGAGAUAGCUCGCGCACGUUUUUUGGAUGGGAUUCAUCAGCAAGCCAUCACUCAUUUUUUGCUGGAUGGCGAACAGAGCGUUUUCCAGGUGUUCACCCCCGAACGAGUACUAUCCAUGACUAGCGAAGAGGUGGAAAGCAUCGCAAAAGAAAGUCCCACCAGCACCCAAGCCAGGGAGAAAUUGGAACCGGAGAUCGAAAGCCUGGAGAAGGCUAUCGAGGUGCUUCGCGCCUAGAGGACGAGAUGACGGUUCAGAUGAAUAUAGGUAUCUAGGUAGUCGUUAGAAAGAGGGGCCUUAGGCCACGAUACUCUAAGUUAGAUGAGUCAAUUGAUUAUACCCGCUGUCGACAUAUUAAAUGAAAAAAAAAAUGUAGCAUCCCGCAUCUGAGGCACACUGCAUGAGUC